UCUCAACUUUCCCAAUCCAUUUGAGUUUGACCCGUCGCCACCAACUGGCCGCAGCUUCUCUUUGCCUCCAAUGGAGAGUGGAGACCCCACCCACCCUCUUCAAUCUCAUAGCCCCUCCAUAAAAGCUCAACUUUUCUUUUCUUCUUUCUUUUUCUCGAUCUCCUCUUUCCCUAAACCCUAAUAAUCUCCAGCGACAAAGUUCAUAAAGUGAAAAAGACUCAGCAUAUCUGGAAAAAGAAACAACCCAAUUCAUCUCGAUUCCUUGUGUAUUCAAGCUUGUGGUCCAAGAAAAGAAAGACAACAAAGAGAUAAGCGAGCUUUACAUAAUAUUUAGCUAUGGUUUCCGGUAGCCUUGAUCUGCAGUCAUCGAGCGGUGGGGAGGAAGAGUAUGAUUCACGCGGAGAGACUUUUUUGAGGCAUUUAGAUUUGGUCUCGCCAUCAUCAUCAUCAACUUCACAACAAGGACAGUUUUUGUCCCACUCGGGUUUAUUGUUUGAUCAUAACUUUCACCAAUCACUAGCGUUAACACCUCUCAAUUCCCAAUACAAUAAUGAUAAUAAUGCUCUUGUUUGGCCUCUGGGGGGGAUGGGUUUAAGAUCCCAACCCAAUAAUUAUGGUAGCUUAAGUUCUCAUCAAGAUCAGCCUCUCUUGGAAGUGGAGACUACAAAUGUUGUUGUGGGUCGAUCAACUCAUUCUCUGCCGUCCGAUCAGCCACCGCCUAAGAACCCCAAGAAACGGACCAGGGCUUCCAGGAGAGCACCCACCACGGUCCUCACCACCGACACCACCAACUUCCGGCAAAUGGUUCAAGAAUUCACCGGCAUACCGGCCGAUCCGUUCUCCGGCGGCAGGCGGUGGGUCGCUUUAUUCUCGCCGCCUCGAUCUCUUCUCCACCGCCGGCUCCUCCACUCUAGGAGCCUUUCACCACCACCCCUCAGCACUGAGAGUCCAUGAUUUAUCCCUCCACAAACUGUCGGGCGGGAUUGACGAUUCCCGUUUUUGUCACAAGAAAGUGGAAAUGUCAUCCUUCAUUCCCUCCUCUUCCAACACAAAUUUUCAACUCACAAAGCAACAAAGUAGUGCAUUUUUCAACACGGAAGACCAGAUCCUCACAUUCCAGCCUCUCCUACAAUCCUCACUCAAGAACCCAUUGGGGAAUCAUGAACCUAACGAACCGGUUUUCGGGUCGAAAUCUCGAGGAAGUAACACUCACCUUUCAGCCAUUGAUGGCUUGGGGAUAAGCCAUGAACAAGCAACUGCAAGCCUCAGUGGGUUUCUAGGUCAAGGAAGUGCUAAUAAUUCUGAUCAAGCAAGAAACUGUUCAACUUCUUCUGCUUUGGAAUUGCAUCCUCAUGAUAAGGGUUUGGAGAAUGGUGUUUGCACCGGAGAUGCUGGUUCUAGUUGGCCAUGUCCUAAUUAACGUUUCUAUUACAAGUAAUUACUGGUUAGGUUUCAUUCAUAUAUACAAUUAUCAUUGACACCUAGUUUUUAUUCAAUAUCUAAUGGUGUUUAUGCUAGAAAA